AGAAUUUAUGCUGGAGGCAAUUGCCCCUAUGAAUGCCCAGAGAGUGGGGAAUCCUUCCAGACCACUCACCUAAUAGUGCACGAGAAGACCCAUAGUGGGCAUAGUGGAGAUAAAACCUACGCGUGUAACAAAUGUGAAAAGUCCUUCAGAUACAGCUCUGACCUUAUCAGGCACGAGAAGACCCAUACCUCAGAGAAGUACUUUGAAUGUCAGGAAUGUAGGCAUGCCUUCAAGUACUCCUCGAAUCUGCGACGCCACAUGAGGACACACACAGGAGAGAAACCUUUUGAAUGUAGUCAGUGUGGGAAAACCUUCACAAGGAACUUUAACCUGAUUUUGCACCAGAGAAACCACACGGGUGAGAAGCCCUAUGAAUGCAAGGACUGUGGGAAAGCUUUUAAUCAGCCGUCUUCUCUGAGGAGCCACAUGAGAACUCACACUGGAGAGAAGCCCUUUGAAUGCAGUCAGUGUGGGAAAGCUUUCAGGGAACAUUCGUCACUGAAGACUCAUCUGCGAACUCACACCAGAGAGAAACCGUAUGAGUGUAACCAGUGUGGAAAGCCCUUCCGAACGAGCACCCAUCUGAACGUUCACAAGAGGAUCCACACGGGGGAGAAACUUUAUGAGUGUACUACUUGUGGUCAGGUGUUGAGUCGUCUCUCAACCCUCAAGAGUCACAUGCGAACCCACACUGGAGAGAAGCCCUACGCAUGCCAGGAAUGUGGGCGAGCCUUUAGUGAGCCCUCAUCCCUCAGGAAACAUGCAAGGACCCACACUGGCAAGAAGCCCUAUGCCUGUCAGGAAUGCGGGCGAGCCUUUGGUCAGUCUUCACACCUUAUUGUGCACGUGAGAACACACACUACAGGAAAACCCUAUGAAUGUAAUCAGUGUGAGAAAGCGUUCAGGCACAGCUCUUCACUUACUGUGCAUAAAAGGAUUCAUACCAGCCUGCCUUUAUCAGUGUCUCAUUCAUUUGGUAGGCCCCUUGCUAAUUAACUUCCAAUUUGUAAAAAUAUAAACAUUUGUGCCUAUAAUAAUCUCUUAUAGUACUUGUUUAGCUUCAUAACAUGUUUUGAUGUCUAAUUUAAUUUUUGGUUGAUUCUAAAUAUUGUCUUACUUUCCAUUAAAUCUUUGACACAUUACUUAUUUGUAAUUAGAUAUUUAAAUAACUGCAUGGUUAUAUUUUUGUAGAGGUAUAAUUAUUUAUAGUGGAAUGCAUAAAUAUUAUGAGUUAGAUGAGUUGGACAGAUGUAUAUAUACAUUUAACCAACACCCCAUUCAAGAUAUAGAGCAUUCCUGUCAUUCUGGAAAGUUGCUGCAUAUAUCUGGGUGUUUCUUAG